AUGGUUGGCAAGGCUUGGAAAAAUUUUGUCAACGAGUAUCUCACUGAGAUUGAGGACUCUUACACCAAUGAGGAGCCUGACGUUGAGGAAUCUUUCGAGAAUCCUUCUUCCUUUGGCCUCGACCACAUUAUGAACGACAAGAAAUCUUGGUGCAGCACCAUUGAUCGCUCUUUCGGCUACGCUUUCAAGUUUUUUUGUCGCUUCGUCGUUACGAGGACCUUGGCUGAGUCUUCCAUUCUCAACAGGUUCCAAAUUAGGCCUUCUAAUUUCAACGGCACCAUAGAUCGCAACUUUUGUUUUUCCGUCGCUCCUUCUGCGGCUCCCCUGCCAAAAUACUACGAGUCCUACCCUCGGUACGCUCGGUGGCACAACUGGCACGUCAGGAGCCGCAGGCUCUUUCGGACUCGGCGCAGCUGCAACUUGAGUUACCUUCGUAUGCUCACCACUUACCUGCGCCCUCCCUCCAAGCGCUCUUCCGGGGCGGUCGCCGUGGAGGUUGACAAGUACCGCGUCGUCAAGCCCGUCACUCAGUUUUCGACGCCCACUCUCUCUGCGGUUUUCGAGUAA